AUGUCCGGGCGCGGGAAAGGAGGCAAAGGGCUGGGCAAGGGCGGCGCGAAGCGGCACCGCAAGGUGCUGCGCGACAACAUCCAGGGCAUCACCAAGCCCGCCAUCCGCCGCCUGGCGCGCCGCGGCGGCGUGAAGCGCAUCUCGGGGCUGAUCUACGAGGAGACGCGCGGCGUGCUCAAGGUCUUCCUGGAGAACGUGAUCCGCGACGCCGUGACCUACACCGAGCACGCCAAGCGCAAGACCGUCACCGCCAUGGACGUGGUGUACGCGCUCAAGCGCCAGGGCCGCACCCUCUACGGCUUCGGCGGCUGAGCGGCCGACCCGACCCUGCCUGAUCUGAAGUAGCAAAAAGGUCCUUUUUAGGGCCACCCACGUUAUCCGAGAAAGAGCCCUUCACUUACUUGUCUUUUCUAAGAAAAGGAGUAAUAUAAGGAGUAAACUGGCUAGUUGGUGUGGGUAGAAGAACGUAUGUUAAUACUAAUACGCCCUCGAGCAAUACUCGAAGUCUCGUAAAUUCAAUAUUUGUAUUGUUGGU